AUGAAAUUAAUUUCUUUAAUUGCUCUUACUACACUCCUUGUAACUUUAGCUGAAUCCGCGCCAGCUAAAACCUGUUCAUUUACCGUUAAAGAUCUCAAAGAUGGAAAUGAACCACUUGAUACCUAUAUUGUUGUACUUCAAACACCUUCCGAUUCAAAUGAAGCUGCCAAUGUUGUAAAAAGUCAUUUUGAAAUAUUAGAAGGAUGCGCAGGCAAAUCAAUUACAAAUAUCUUUGGAUUAUCUGUCCUUGAUGGAUUGACCUUAGAUAAUCUUCGAAAUAAUCCCAAAAAUAUUUUAAAUUUUAGCGUCAAAGGAUCUAGUGUAUAUUUAGGACAAUUUACCAAAAGUUUUGUCAAGGAUCAUCUAUCCAACAUGUCAGAAAUUUUAUCAAUUCGAAAAGAUAUCAGUUUAAAAAAUCUUGAUCGAGUUGAUGAAAGAGAAUUUCCGUUAGAUGGAAAAUAUCAAUCCCCAGAUGGAAAUUGCCAAGGAGCGAAUGUUUAUGUUCUUGAUACAGGAAUUAAUAUUCGUCAUGUAGAUUUUGGUGGAAGAGCCAAAUUUGCUGCUGCCUUUUGUACUGGAUGUGGAAAAGUAGACGAUAACGGUCAUGGUACAAUGGUUGCUGGAAUAGUAAGUACAAAAACAACUCUGGAAUUUGGUGUCGCCAAAUUAGUAAACCUAUUUGCCGUCAAAGUAUUAAAUGCUCAAGGUUCAGGUUUCUUAUCGCAACUUAUUAUGGGAAUAAACUAUGUUGUUAACGAGCAUGAAAAAUCUCAGAAUAAGAAAACUAUCAUCAAUAUGUCUUUAGGCUUUGGACAACGAGUAGAAGAAGCUGAUCGCGCAGUUAAGAACGCUCAUGAUAAAGGUGUUACUGUGGUGGUAGCUGCUGGAAAUGAAAAUCAAAAUACUUGCAAUGUAUCUCCAGCCGCAGCUGAAGGAGCAAUAGCUGUUGGUGCUACUGAACUUUCAAAUGAUAAAAAAGCCAACUUUUCUAAUUUCGGAAACUGCACAGAUAUAUUUGCACCUGGAAGGGAUAUAAAAUCAGCUUCGUUUAAAUCUCCUUUUGGUUCUCAAACGGCAAGUGGAACAAGUUUUUCUGCUCCUCAUGUUGCCGGUGCCGUCGCUUGUAUCAUCGCCAAGGAAGAUUUAAAACCUGACGAAGCGGCUAAAAAACUUGACGACAAUUCCACAAAAGGUGUUGUUUUAGGACUUGAUAAAGAUACUCCUAAUAAAUUUUUGUUUGUUAAAGGUUCAGGCCCAGAAAAACAAUAG